ACUUGUUACCAUUUUCAGUGGAGAAUAAGAUAUUUUCUUGUUCUCUACCAAGAAAAUAAGAAAGAAAAAUAGUUUAUUUCGAAAAUAACUUUAUUUAUUUAACGGUGUGAUGAUUCCACCGCAGGAACCGCAGACAGCUGUUGGGGGGAAGACUUGAUGAUUCUAUUGACGACGUCAUUUAUGCUCCUUGCUUCCUCUCUGAAGAUUUCUAUAUUCUCCUCUCGCUCGAAGUUCCGUGGUCUACAAACCCUAGGUUUGUACAAUUUCCAGUUGAUUAUACCUAUUGGACUUGGAACUGGUCAAAACGAUUCAACAUAUCGGUGGAAUAUUUUUUUAACUUCUGGACCUCAUUUGUUCUUCAGAAGGUUUAUGUGGAGAUACGUAGCUUGUCUACAUAUCAGUCCAUAAUCCUGUCUAAAUAAUCAUUCGGGUGAUUGUUGAGAAAAAUUGCAGCUGCAUUUUGAACCAAUUCUUAUCUAAAGAGGUCAAGGGAGUUGAGUUUGAAAAAUCACAAAAACUAUUGGCUGGGUGUUAUCUGCAUCUGUCUAUACUUUUGGAAGGUCCUUCAGUUGGAGAUUGAUAUUUAGUUGGAAUAGUUUCCUUUGGCAAAAAUAUUGAGUUGAAAGUUUCAUGCUGUGAAUGUGUUGCAGCUACAUAAAUUGGGUAUUCAGAAGGAAAAUGAUAAUUUAUUUGAAGAAACUUCAUAUUUUCUUGAGUCCCGCCUCUUUUGGCUAUAUUCAGUUGAAGUGUACUGGGAUGUCAAGGUGUAAAGGGGGUGUUAAUUUUUGAUACAAGGAGAAAUUAUGGAACUGGUAUCAGGAAAAAGGUUUCCUCUUGAUGCUAAAGAUUAUAAGUUAUACGAGGAAGUUGGCGAAGGUGUUAGUGCGACUGUGUACAGAGCUAUCUGCAUUCCUCUUAAUGAAAUAGUUGCAAUCAAGGUUCUUGAUCUUGAGAAGUGUAACAGUGACCUGGAUGGUAUCCGCCGAGAGGUACAGACAAUGAUUUUGAUUGACCAUCCAAAUGUAGUACGAGCACAUUGCUCCUUCACUACUGGCCAUAACCUUUGGGUUGUAAUGCCUUACAUGGAUGGGGGAUCUUGCCUUCAUAUAAUGAAAUCAUCAUAUCAAGAUGGUUUGGAGGAGCCUGUUAUCGCUACAUUAUUACGCGAGGUCCUCAAAGCUCUUGUGUAUCUUCAUUUCCAUGGACACAUUCAUAGAGAUGUGAAGGCUGGGAAUAUAUUGAUUGAUUCUGAUGGCGCUGUUAAAUUAGCAGACUUUGGAGUAUCUGCAUGCAUGUUUGACACUGGUGAUCGCCAACGUUCUAGAAAUACAUUUGUUGGAACUCCAUGCUGGAUGGCUCCGGAAGUUAUGCAGCAAUUGCAUGGAUACGAUUUUAAAGCAGAUAUUUGGUCAUUUGGAAUAACAGCUCUUGAACUUGCUCAUGGUCAUGCUCCAUUCUCUAAGUAUCCACCAAUGAAGGUUCUCCUGAUGACCCUGCAGAACGCACCACCAGGGCUUGACUAUGAAAGAGACAAACGAUUUUCCAAGUCUUUCAAAGAACUGGUUGCUGCUUGCUUGGUGAAGGAUCCCAAAAAGCGUCCCACGUCAGAAAAGCUUCUAAAGCACCAUUUCUUCAAAAAUGCACGCAACACUGAUUAUUUAGCCCGUACUAUCCUUGAUGGCUUGCCCUCUUUAGGUGAACGGUUUAGGAUACUCAAGGCAAAAGAAGCAGAUCUUCUUGUUCAAAAUAAGGCUUUGUACGAGGACAAGGAUCAAUUAUCACAGCAAGAGUAUAUGCGAGGAAUCAGUGCCUGGAAUUUCAAUCUGGAGGAUCUGAAGAAUCAAGCUGCCCUUAUUCAGGAUGAUGCUAUUUCUAAUUCAGAAGAUUCGAGUGUGAGUGGCAAGCAGAGGAACGGGCAAGAUGACGCUGGUACUCCUCCAGAUGGGGUAUCUCCUGAUCGGGCCAAUCAUUCAAAUGAUGCGCAGCAGCUGGAGGACGGACUCAAUGAUAUUCAUGAUCUGGAGAAUUCGCUUGCUGCAUUUCCCAUGAAACCUCUUCAGGCACUCAAAGGUUGUUUUGAUGUAAGUGAGGAUUACAUGGAUGCUGGUCGUCCAAAUUGGAAAAAUUCUGCACGCUCAGAUUCUGAACAUCAAAGUCAACAAUAUGCAUCAGCAAAAGCCGAGGAUCAAGAAACUGGAAGAGAUGAUGGUGAAAGUACUUGUCAAAGUGGCUCCUUACCACCACCUGCCAUUUCAGGACAUAAAUUUUUUCCAAGCGGUUCACUAUUACAGGAUAAUGUUCAAUCUCCUAAAAAAUUUAUAGGUGAUGGAGACAGGGAAUAUCUGCGACAAAGAUACCCGAAUGAGCGGAAUUACAGUGGUCCAUUACAGUAUCGUCAAAAGAAAGAUUUCAGUAAUUCUACAGCUGGGGAAGACGUAUCUGAAGGUGCUGUGGUCCAACGCAGGGGACGUUUUAAAGUCACUUCAGCAGAUCUGAGCCCCAGGAGUUCUACGAGCUGUUUCUUUAAUCCAAAUACUGGAGGUUCCACAAUCCCGAUGAACCCAAGCCUUGCAGCUGUUUCAGUUCUUCCGUCAUUGCAAUGUAUCCUGCAGCAGAACUCUAUGCAAAGAGAAGAGAUAAUUAAAUUGAUCAAGUUUUUGGAGCAAACCUCUGGCAAUCCUAAUGAGCCCUCUGAGGAAGGAGUAAAUGAACUUUCACAGAUUCGAGCUACUGCUGAUAAGGAGAGAGAGUUACAGGCUCAGGUGAUUCAAUUGCAACAAAGUUUUCCGAAUCUCAGCAUUGGAAGUCUAGUUGAAGAAUUACAGAGACAGAAGAUAAAAAAUACUCAUUUGGAAAAGAAAUUGGAAUCGAUGCCUAAGGACGAAAAUACAUGAGAAUGAUUGAAGUUCAAAUGAAAGAUACUAGAUGGUGUGACCAGCUAUUGUGGUAUUUCUCGUUCCUCAUCUCCCUCGAGAAAGAGCUUCCUUAGUAUAUUCAAAUUAUUUGUCCUGAGAUAUAGGAGGGGUGUGGUUGAGAAUUUUGUGCAGCAGACGUGUGAUUGUGAAGCCAAUUUUCUGGGUUGCCGCUUUUCAUAUUUUAUUUUGACUGCUUGAUUUGUAAUUAUUGUACUACUAAACAUAAGGUGGCCCUGCCUUUUAUGUUACGAAAACUACUAAAAUUAUUUAUUUUAAGUUGAUCUUGCUUUUUUAUGA